AUGCAUACAUACUAUCAUAUUCUCCAUUCAUACUCACAGCAUUUAGAAUCACAAUUCACACUCCCCAACCCCACAGUACAACUCCGCCCUCACUCUUACAAUCGUAUACUCCCCACCAAAUACCACCCGCGCCCAGCUACUACCCACCAUCCACCCCCAAUACCAAUGAUCAUCACCAACAUUUCCACCGCUUCGCACGCCACACAUGGGGCUUUCGGACCAAUGUUCUGUCUACCGUCGUCACAAGUCCCAUCCGUCGAAGACGGAACCAUAAUGCCUUGUUGUAGAUAUAUAUGUAAGGAGAGGCACCACUGCCGGCACGCCUCCCAUCCCUAUCCUCCCUCCCAGUUCCAGAAGCAAUACGUCUACACACAACAGUCUCCCGGAGCUAGACGCAUGGAUUCAGUAUCCGAAGGGUGGUGGUGGUGGUGGUUGUGCUUGGAAGUAUAUUUGGCCUUCCUAUGUGUGGUUGGUUUGGUGUGUUUAUUGAAUGGUGAUGAUGAGCAGCGGCAUGGGGUAGUGGCGAUUGUCAUCGUUGCUAUCGAGGGUUUUAUGCCGGGUGGUUAG